CUCGCAUUACAGUCACGUUUAUAGUCAUCAGCCGACCGUUCGUACGGACGUUAUACACGCGCGCGCGUCCUCGUCCUCGUUGUCGUCGUCGUCGUCGUCGUCAUAAUAAUAAUAAUAACAGUGUAAUAUUAUUCUCUCUCGCUCUGCACCGCAGUGGAGCGUUCGCGUGUUUUAUCGUCGUAUACGGUUUUUUUUUCAUCGUCAAUUAUUUUUCUACCGUCUCAAACCGCGCAGCGUGUGUCCGGUCGUCUCUAUCGCUGCACAACGGGUCGUUGUUAAAUUUUUUUUUCGGCCUAUAUAGUGUCACGAUAAUUCCGAGUGUCGCUUUGCCUCGUCUUCGUUUCCCGACAAAGAGAAUACAAAAAUAUAUUAUAAUAUCGUUCAGUGUUUGCCUAUCGUCGUCGUACGAGCCGUGCGUUAAGGGUGGUUUCGCGUCGUCCGCGGGCGCGCGCGAGUGUGUUUCGCGCGCGUGAGAUGUGUCGUCGUCAUCCAUCGUCGUCCGUCGUCGUUAUUCGCACCGGUGUGACGCGAUCCGUGUGAGAUGUUGAUGAUGAUGGACUGCAGCAACAGGAAGCCGCCGGCGGACCUGUCAUCAUCCGGCGUGGUCGUAGCGGCCGUGUCGUCGCCGGAGCUGGCGGUUGCUGGCACGUGGCACCCCCACGUGUACGGCAACCCCCCCAGGACGCCAACCGCCCACAACGUGGCUGAUAUACUCGGAUGGACCAAGGCAGGCCCCGACGAACAGCCCCUUAACCUGUCGACGGCCAAGCGGCCAAACGGCACCGUGUUGGACUUGACCAAGAUCAAACGCAAAGCAGACGUAAUACCCACAACUGCAGUGUUGCUGAACAACAAUAACAACCAUAACAUCAACAACAACGGCAGUCAUCUCCUACAACAGCAUCACCAUCAACAGCACCUUAAUCAUUAUCACCAUCAGCAGCAGCAGCACCAGCCGCAACAUCAUCACCUUCAGUCAUUGCCGACUACCACGCACAAUAAUGUCAUGACGGCCGCGGCGACCGUGGCUACGGCAACGACAACAGCGGCGGCCACGGCCACGGUCACGGCGACGGUCGCUCCGCCACCGGUGCGGAAGAAGUCGCGGAAGGAUGUGCCGCCGUCGUCGUCGCCUGGUCUGCUGGUGAGCUCUUCUUCCGGUUCGCCGGCCGGUCAGCAGGCCGGGGAGAGUGACGGCGGACACUCGUCCGACGGUUGCGGCGACCGGAAGCGGAAGAAGGCUCGGACCACGUUCACCGGCCGGCAGAUAUUCGAGCUGGAGAGGCAGUUCGAGCUGAAAAAGUACCUCUCGUCGUCCGAGCGAUCCGAAAUGGCGAAAAUGUUGGGCGUCACCGAGACACAGGUGAAGAUCUGGUUCCAGAACAGACGGACAAAGUGGAAAAAACACGACACCGUGACGACGACGGAAUCCGCGGACCCGGCCACGGCUGCGGCCGCGGCGUCGGCGGGACUCGGCGGCGGCGGCGGACUGGCCAAGUGUUCGCCGAAGGCCGCGGCCGGCGCCAAAUUUCUCAGCGAGGGCGAUGACCACUCGUCGCUGGAAGACUCGGAGAGCUGCUACAGCAGCGUGGACGCGGCUGAGUCCAAAGUGGUCACGGCCAGGACGCCCGAGUCGCUGCCGCCCACGUCUCCGGCCACGGACAACGAGACAGCGGCCACAGCCACUACGACGACCGCCAUGGCCAGGGCGCCCAGUUAGAGGGUUAAAUCCCAAUCCGUUUUCUUAAAAAAUACUAUAAAAUAUGAUAAUGAUCAAAUAAACGAACGGACGAUCGCUGUUGGAUAAUAUAAUAUUAUUGUGUUUGUUUUUCGUUUUUGUUUUUUUAGACGCGCGCGGUGUGUGUAUAAUAAUAAUAAUAUUUAUAUUUGUUAUAAAAAAUAAUGAUAAUCGUAAUUUAUUGUUAUUAUUAAAAUUGUCGGCGUGUAGUAAAAAAUUAAUAGUAAAAAAAAAACAUAAAAAAACGACUCGGGAAAAAACAUAAAAAUGAUUUGAUAUUAUUAUUAUUAUUAUUAUUAUUAUUAUUAUUGAUGUAAUAUCGCUAUACUAUUAUGCAUAAUAUUAUUAUUAUUAUAUAUAUAUUUUUUUCAUUAGAUAUACCUAACACUUAGUAGUAUAUGACACGUGCAAAAUAUGUAUACCGCGUGAUCACGACAGUGAUAUAUAUAUAAUUGUACAUUUCCUUUUCCCGACUUUUAGCAUAAUAUUUUGCGUUAAAACGAGACACGCGGACGACCCACGCGCUGUACCCUGUAUACCUAUUAUUAAUUACAUAAUAAUAUUACAUCGGCGUGUCGUCUGCAAACCGUUUUUGGCUAAUACUUUCGCACUGUUCGUUGUUAUAUUAUUAUUAUUGUGUAUUUCGACUAUUUCGAGUGUAUAAUACUAAAACGAUUGAAGAAAGACGCGUGUAUUCAUUUUUUUCUGUGCUAUACGCGCGAUUGUAUUUUGUUACAAUAUAAUGUUUAUUAUAAUAUUAAAAACGUUGCACGCGCAGGGCCGUAUUUGUGAUAUUUUUACCUCACGUUUAAGACUACAAAUAAGUACGCCCAAAAUAAUGAAAGGGGGGGGGGGGCACUUCAAAAAAAAAAAAAAGAAAAUAAUUCGUUGAAAAUAUUAUAUACUUACACGUUGAUUAAAAAUAUAAAUAUAUUUUACAAUCACUAUGGUUGUUAUCGAAAACGAAAAUGAUUGAUAUUAUUUUGUCGCGAUGCGGAUAUAAUAUAGUAAAGAAAAUAACAAUAAUAGGCGAAAUAACCAAAUAUUUUCAUAGGUAAAUCAUACCCCCUCAAAUACGGCUCUGGUUUGUUGUGUUGAAUUUUUCUUUCCUCGUUUUGUACAUAACAUAAUAUUAUUAUAAACAUAAUAUUAUUAUAAAUCGUUCUAUUGACGUUAGAUGACCCGCGCACGAGAGGUGGUCUAAUUUUUUGAUUGGCUGUCCCCGACAGAACGACACAUUUCACGUCUGUUUGCGGGAAUUUUUCGGUUUUUCUUUCAUUCCGCGACUCGAGAAAUGCAAACUUUAAUUAUUACAAACAUCGUGAUUUCUUCUUCUCCGUUCGAGUAUUACCUACCUACCUACCUCUACCUCUCUCUCUAUCAUUACGGCUGUAUGCUCUCUAAACUAAUAUUUUAUCGCUGUACGUUAUCAAUAUUAUUAUUAUUAUUAUUAUAAAUAUUUUUAUUGUUUGUAUCUAUCGUCUUAAAUCUAUCAUGUGUUUGUUUUUAUGUAGGUAAUAAUGUGUAAAAAAAACAUAUUUUUUAUGUAACGCCCUCCUCGGCGGACGAACUUACUGUACUGAAUAAUAAAUAAAAAAAAAUGUACUGUCUUUAGGACCUAAACAGCAAUCGAUUAUACGUUAAAAUAUUUUUGAAUAUUAAUAUAAUAAUAUAAUAUUAAUUAAACAGAACUUCUCGCGAUACUUUUCCUGAAUUAUUACCACGAUAAUUACGUGCCCGUGAUUAUUAAUUGUACAUCUAUGCACGCUGCACGCGCAUCCGUGUGUUUAUUAUAUAUUAUUAUGUAUUGUGUAUAGAAUGUGUAUUGUGUACAGUACCUCCAUAAUAAUAUUAUUAUGUACCGCCUUCAACGGAUAUUUGUGUAUAAAAAUCGAACGUGUAUAAUAUUUAUGAAGAUUUAUUUUCAGUGUGUUAUAUGUUAUUUUUUUUAAAAAACCAACAUAAUAAAUGUGAAAGGAGAAUAUUAAGAUAUUA